GUACCCGUGCGUCCGCCGCCUCCUCCGCUCCUCUUACUGGACACCUGGACCUCACCUCCUCCAGCCUCCGUCUCUCUGAGUCUCAACUACUUUAAGGGAAACUUUUGGCUCGCGGGGUCGCUGCAGCUGCACUGAGCCAGGCACGGUUCAGUCUGGAGGUGACGGAGCGUCGUGCGCUCAGGCUGCGGGGGAGACGUACGAAAUACGCGGCAGCAGCGGCAGCAGCGGCGGCGGUGUGAGAAUAACACAAGCACCGCAAAGUCUCUUGAAGUCCGCGGGUGACAGCUGCGAAGAUGCCGGUUCGGCGGGGCCAUGUGGCUCCGCAGAACACUUUCCUGGACACCAUCAUCAGGAAAUUCGACAGUCAGAGUCGUAAGUUUGUCAUCGCCAAUGCACGAGUGGAGAACUGUGCCAUCAUCUUCUGCAACGACGGCUUCUGCCACAUGUGCGGUUAUUCCCGCGCAGAGAUCAUGCAGAAGCCGUGCACGUGCAACUUCCUCUACGGACCGGACACUAAGCGACUAGCCAUCGCUCAGAUGGCUCAGGCUCUGCUGGGGUCAGAGGAGAGGAAAGUGGAGAUCAACCUCUACCGCAAAGACGGUCAGUGCUUCCUGUGUAUGGUGGAUGUGGUGCCAGUGAAGAACGAGGAUGGUGUGGUGAUCAUGUUCAUCCUCAACUUUGAGGUCAUGACAGAUCAGACGCUUCAAGAUUGCAACGAGGAGCUGAACCACCGCCUGCCCACCUGGCUCGUCACCGGUCGUCCACGAGGCUUCAAGCUGCGUCUCCCUCUGCUGCGUUCCCUGUCCAACAGUAAAGCGUCUCUGGACGACGCUGAGGUCGGUCACACCCCCACUGCCACACCCGUGACACAGCCAGACCACCGCAGUCGCGAGUCCUUAGGCCUGGGCGAGUUCCUGCCCCUCCCCCACCCAGCACCAGACCACCAGGAGCACAUCAGUGGAAGCAGAUUAGCUCUCCAGAGCUGGCCAGAAGACCGGCAGGAGGACCAGCACACCCUGCUGGGCUCUGGACCUCCGCUGUCCUCUCCUCUACCUCCACACGGGUCUCACUUGGUCGCCCAGUCCUCACCGUGUGUAGCACCCCAUCACCGCCUCAGCCUCAACCCCGACGCCUCGGGCUCCAACUGCUCCCUGUCGCGUAGUCGCUCGCGGGAAAGUUUCCACAGCAUGCGUCGAGCGUCUUCUGUGGACGAGAUCGAAGCCAUGAGGCCCGACUGGGACAGAAAGAACCGGAGAGCGAGCGUCCGGCCGGGCAGCGCCGGUGCAGUGAACAAUAAAUCCAACAUACUGAACUCGACGUCGGACUCGGACCUCAUGCGAUACCGAGCCAUCUCCAAAAUCCCCCAGAUCACCCUGAACUUUGUGGACUUCAAGCCCGAUCCCCUCAUCGCGCUGCCCACUGGAGAGAUGGACAUCAUCGCUCCCUGUAAACUCAUCGACCGGACUCACCACGUCACAGAGAAGGUCACACAGGUGCUGUCUCUGGGGGCAGACGUGUUGCCAGAGUACAAACUCCAGGCUCCUCGUAUCCACAGGUGGACGGUGUUGCACUACAGUCCCUUCAAAGCCGUGUGGGACUGGCUCAUCCUGCUGCUGGUCAUCUACACGGCCAUCGUGACUCCGUACUCUGCUGCGUUCCUCCUCAACGACCAGGAAGAGGUAGCCAUUCAGAAGUGUGGUUACUCCUGCUCUCCUCUCAACGUGGUGGACCUCAUCGUGGACAUCAUGUUCAUUAUUGACAUCCUCAUCAACUUCAGGACAACGUACGUGAAUUCUAACGAUGAAGUGGUGAGUCACCCUCUGAGGAUCGCUGUGCACUAUUUCAAAGGCUGGUUCCUCAUCGACAUGGUGGCUGCUAUUCCCUUUGACCUGCUCAUCUACCGCAACGGAGAGGAGACCACCACUCUGAUUGGUCUGCUGAAGACUGCUCGUCUCCUGCGAUUGGUCCGUGUGGCCAGAAAACUGGAUCGCUACUCGGAGUACGGUGCAGCCGUCCUCUUCCUGCUCAUGUGCACCUUCGCCCUCAUCGCCCACUGGCUCGCCUGCAUCUGGUACGCCAUCGGCAGCGUGGAGAGAAACGGUUCCAUCGGCUGGCUUCACACUCUCGGAGAUCAACUGGGGAAACACUACAAUGACUCCAUCCCAGGGUCAGGACCGUCCAUCAAAGACAAGUACGUCACUGCCCUGUACUUCACCUUCAGCAGUCUGACCAGCGUGGGCUUCGGAAAUGUGUCUCCAAACACCAACUCUGAGAAGAUCUUCUCCAUCUGUGUCAUGCUCAUAGGAUCCCUGAUGUACGCCAGCAUCUUUGGGAACGUGUCGGCCAUCAUCCAGCGGCUGUACUCCGGCACCGCCCGCUACCACACCCAGAUGCUGCGAGUCAGGGAGUUCAUCCGCUUCCACCAGAUCCCGAACCCCCUGAGGCAGAGACUGGAGGAGUAUUUCCAACACGCCUGGUCCUACACCAACGGCAUCGACAUGAACGCUGAUGAUUGGAAGACUUUGUCUCAGCAUGCAUGGUCCGACACCGUCAGAGAAAAUAGGAAAGAUGUCCUGAAAGGUUUCCCAGAGUGUCUCCAGGCAGAUAUCUGCCUCCAUCUGAACCGCACAUUGCUGCAGAACUGUAAAGCUUUUAAAGGCUCUACCAAAGGCUGCCUCAGGGCUUUGGCCAUGAAGUUUAAGACCACCCACGCUCCUCCAGGAGACACGCUGGUCCACGCCGGGGACGUCCUCACUGCCCUCUACUUCAUAUCCAGAGGAUCCAUUGAGAUACUGAGAGGAGACGUGGUGGUGGCCAUCUUAGGGAAGAACGACAUCUUCGGCGAGCCCAUCAACCUGUAUUCUCGCCCAGGUAAAUCUAACGCUGAUGUGAGGGCACUGACCUACUGUGACCUCCAUAAGAUCCACAGAGAAGAUGUUCUGGAGGUGCUGGACAUGUAUCCUGAGUUUGCAGAGAACUUCUGGAACAACCUGGAAAUCACCUUCAACCUCCGAGAUACCAACAUGAUCCCGGGCUCCCCGAGCAGCGAUGACUCCAACUGUGGAGGAUUCAACAAACUACGGAGACGUAAAUUAUCAUUCAGACGGCGUACAGAGAAAGAUGACGCAGAUGCUGGAGAAGUUAAAAAGUCCCAUAAGUCAGUGAGAAGAAGACAGAGGGAGGCAGCUAACCACCAUAAGCAGGAGGAGGCGCCCACGAGACAGUGGGAGGCUCAUCGGAGCUCAGUGUCCUCUCGCUCCAGUGGUGAUGAGGGGGACGAGUCUGUCGUGACGGGUCUCGCUCCUCCUCCUGAAAUCCUGGGAAACCCACAGGUCCAGGCCUCAGCCGGGAUCUUCAAAGAGAACAGUGAGGGUGAUGGAGACCCUAAGACUGGGAACACCUGCAACGCCCUGUCAGGUGCUUUCUCAGGUGUUUCUAACAUCUUCAGCUUCUGGGGUGAGAGUCGAGGGGGUGGUCAGUACCAGGAGGUUCCCAGCUGCAGUCUGGCCUCUCCUCCGCCUCUCAACACACCCAUCCACAGCCUGAGCCGCCAACAACGCAACCAGCUGGACACACGACUGGAGCUGCUGCAGAAGCAGCUCAACAGAUUAGAGAGUCGCAUGUCCACAGACAUCGGAGCGAUCAUGCAGCUGCUACAGAGACAGAUGGCUCUGGUUCCUCCUGCCUACAGCGCGGUGUCCACACCACCUCAGGUCUCGCCUUACCCUGGUCUGGGUCCAGGACCAGGUCCAGGAGAGAGACUGGUCCAGCCCGUCACAGACACCAUGUGUUCUUUAUCACAGAUCUUGGAUUCCCAGGAUUUUGAGGAGUUCUCGACCCAGCCCGUCGACCCUAUGAGGAUCCAGGACUCCAGCAGCCAGGAUCAGAACUCUGCCUCUGUGCUCAACAGCCUGGGGCAGCACCUGGAGCGGGAGCUGGGUCUUGGGACUGAAACAGGGCUUAUAUCACGGCCUGGAAUGAGUUCAGGUUCAGGUUUAAGGUUGGAGUUAGGGAGAAGUGGGGCAGCAGUGGGCUCAAGCUUAGGAGCAGGGUUGGAUUUGAGUUCAGAAGUGUGUCAUGGGACUGGGACUGGGCUCACGACUGGAGCUCCUCCUCUGGAUCCUGAAGGUCAGAGGAGGCGGUCCCUCCCAGAACCACAGACACCUGUAGACUCAAGGACACCACAGAGGCACAGCUCCGACCCAGGAGGGAGCUAAGGACGAGGUGUCAGGUGUGGGGUGAGUGGGAUCGGGGUGAGGAUGAAAGUGUGAUGUUUGAUCAGUUCCUCCUGUCUUCAGCUCACCUGACACUUUGGACAUCAGGACACACCAACUGUACCUCCACCAAAAAAACCCUUUAGAGCACCGUCACCCUCUCAAGUAGGAACACACUGCUCAGCCAGAGUGAGUGUGUCCCUCACCCCCUCACACUCUCACCCCCUCCACUUCCACCCCUGACCCUUUAAUGAAACAUCUGGAGCUUUCUGAACUUCUCAACAAUACAAUCUUGAAACCAAAACCCGAAAGAGAGCCGAGAGGAAGCUCAGAUCCUCUGCUCUGGACUGAGAGUGAAAGGACUUGAUCCUCACAUGAACGACUGCUGACCUGUAGAAGAAUCCCUUUACUGCUGACUCGACCAGAACAAGCAACAUCGAACAGAAGGACGAUGAAACAAGUAGCCAUUUACGUCUUGCACUGAAAAUCUUAUUAAUAUAACGAUGAUUCUAUUCUUUAUGUCUGCGGCGCUUCCGAGAAACUCGAAAAGUGGUUUGUAAAUUGUGUUAGUGUUAGCUGGCCUAACAGGAAACUGCUGUCCUGCUCUAUCGUGGGUUCCUUCCCUCUGAUCUCCUCUGAUCUCCUGCCCCAAGAGGUCAAAUCACCACACCCCCCCCCCCUUCCCAAGAGCACACUGGAUUGGCUGGUUUGCACCUCAGGGGUGGGAACGAGGGUUAAAAGCCAUGAAUUUUCUCAAUGAACAUAUCAGCUGCCCUAUCAGAAACAAAGUCCAGGUUUGCUAGUGAAUGAAGAACACAGGCACGCUGCGGCAGAGUCGCUCACAGGUAAACUGGCAAACUUACAAGUUUACCAUGAGGACAGAGCACCAGAGAACUUCAGUGACGACAAACCCGGCAAAGCUUUGAGUUUCACUCUGAAGUCAAAGCACAGACAUGAAGGUUGUUCACACAUGAAUUUGCUACCUCAGAUUUCAUUGGUCCUUACUUUUUCACCUGAGCAAACACCCACAAUGCUUUACCUUGUACAUAAACGUCUGUCAUGUGAUACAUAAAUAGUACACAAGUUUGCCAGUUUACAGAGACCAGCCCAAUGCGCCGUUAUUCUAUGUACAGUAUAAUAUGCAAACACUGGCAAGAAGAGUUGAGUGAGUGUGCUUUACAAUUAUUAUUAUAUGUAUUAUAAUUAUUAUUAUUAUUAUUAUUGUUCUGUGUGAUGAGUCCAGAGCUAUUUAAGUGUGUGUUUGUCCUUGUUUGUGUCUCAGUCUGCAGAGCAUGACGUUUGUUUCACACUGUAUUCUAAUCCUUAAAGAAGUUGGUCUUCAUUUCAUUAUCACAUAGUUUUAAAGUCCAUGGAGACUCCAGCAAUGACUGACGGCAGAUAUUUAUAUUUUAUUUUCCCAUAGAGAGACUCACAGUAUGUGACUAUCAGACUGAGACACGUGAUUACAUUUAUUCUAUAAAGCUGCUGUCAGUGAUGUUGUCUGUGGCUCAGUUUAAACUCAAAGGAGGAGGGAGUUCAGACUCACAGCACAGAGGACGUGUUUCUCCGAGUCAAUGAUCCUUCCUCAGUCGAGCAGAUCCUUCCUCAGUAGAGCAGAUCCUUCCUCAGUCAAGCAGAUCCUUCCUUAGUCUAGCAGAUCCUUCCUCAGUCGAGCAGAUCCUUCCUCAGUUGAGCAGAUCCUUCCUCAGUCGAGCAGAUUCUUCCUCAGUCGAGCAGAUUCCUUCUUAGUCGAGCAGAUCCUUCCUCAGUCGAGCAGAUCCUUCCUCAGUCGAGCAGAUUCAGGAUCAGCUCGAAUUCUUCCUCAUUCGAGCUGAUCCUUCCUCAGUCAAGCAGAUCCUUCCUUAGUCGAGCAGAUUCUUCCUCAUUCGAGCUGAUCCUUCCUUAGUCGAGCAGAUUCUUCCUCAUUCGAGCUGAUCCUUCCUCAGUUGAGCAGAUUCUUCCUCAGUCGGGCAGAUUCUUCCUAAGUUGAGCAGAUCCUUCCUCAUUCGAGCUGAUCCUUCCUCAGUUGAGCAGAUCCUUCCUCAGUUGAGCAGAUCCUUCCCACUGAAGUCUGACAGCGAUGAUGCGAGACUCUUUACACGGAACACGCUAUCAAGUGUUCACAUGACGUCGUCUUUAUUUUGAUGAAACACAUGUGCGACUGUGAGCUAAUGUCCAUGUGUGAACCAGGGAUUGUAGGUAUUUUCACUGCAUGUUUGAACUCAGUCACGAUCCUACAAACUGGAACAGAGCUUCAUCGUCCUGAACUUGAAUUUAAUAGUGUUUCACUGACAGAAGCUGUAAAAUAAGUGACGUAAAUGUAAAUGUACACCUGUGCAGCUUUAAUUCUCAUCAUCUUAUAUCAAAGAUUUCAGAUGGAAGGAUAUAUUUAAAAGAAAGGAAAUCACUGACAGCAGCUUUAAUGACAAACCCACUGUGUACAGAGGUAAAGGGAACAGUGUGUGCGCACAUCAUAACACAACACACACACAUUCAAACGUGAGUUUAUCAAAUGUCCUUUUGACUUUAACUCAUUCAUUUUGAAUCUGUGAAGAUGAACAGCGGAGGAGUUGAUAAUGAAACACACAUCAGUGUGAGCUGCUGUUGCUGCUGCUGCUGCUGAGAAGCUGUAGAAGCACAGUGUGGAGUUCAUGUUCCUCAGGGCAGGUGGAAACGUGCAAUGACCACGUCACAGUGACACUGGACUGAAGUAACUGCCAGGUUUUGAGUUCACAGGACGACGGUAAAUGGAAACCUGUGUCAUCUUCAAUUUGUCUUCCCUGAAACUAAAUGACACAGAUUGAUCCUUUUCUGUAGACGUGCAAUAGUCCUUUAAACAGUUAAGACUUGUAGCAGCUUAACCACGCCCCUUCAUUUAUGGCACUUUAUUUUUUUAAAUUGUGCACAUGUUUAAUAAAGACUCAGGAAUGUGUUAGUGAUGUCAUCAGGUUCAUUUCCCUUGGUCUCAGAACUCAAAACCAAACAUUCAUGAGGAUUGUGUUCAUUUAUUUCUAUUGUUUGUGACAUGAAUGGAGUCAGGCUGCUUGUGUCUAACCCUCACAUUCACACUCAUGCAUUCACUUUACAUAUUUGUUUGUUUUGUUAUUAUUAUUGUUCUGAUCAUCAUCAAUAAUAACUUUGAUCACAUGGUCAGUGUUUGUGUGACGUCACACGUUAGUAUCAAACCAAAGCAGGUGACUCUGUAACACCUGAGCAGUGAAGUCAACGCAGCGUCAUUAGCUGUGAUUUUUGAAGAUUUUUACACUGAGGUGAAAAAAGAGCGCGUGAAAGAGGAGGAGCUUCAUCAUGUGACUGAAUCUAAUGACCCGUCUGUCUGGGUUUCACUUUUAUUUCACGUCGAAGAGUGAAUCUGUUUUUCUGGCUUUCUUCUCCUCACCAUCUCAUCGACUGUAGUUGUUUGUUUGUUUGUUUGUUUGUUUGUUUGUUUGUGUUCAAUAAGUCACCUCGUGGCCUGAACUGUAUCUUAACAUCCAGAACUAUGACCUCAGAACUAGAAUGUGGUUUGUCAUGGACUCUUUUCCUUUGACCCUGUGUGAGACAGUUUUCUGUGUGUGUGUGAUAUUAGAACAGUAGAGGGAGCACUCACACACACACUAAUGGCUCUUCCAUACCGCUGAGCUUUUUUCCAGCUCAGUUUGACUUGACGUUGUGUCUCAGUGUGCGUCACACUUUGUUCAUGUGUAUAUAUUCAGCACAGACGGGGCUGGGACAGGCUUUGGUAACUUUUACACAACACUGGAGUCACACGCUGUCACUGCUCGUCUGUACAUACCAACUUCUACUUGUAAAGGAAUCCAACUCUUUGGCACUCGUAUAGCCAGCACUAUGCAGAAACUGAACCUUUUCUUUGGCAUGCUUUGAAAUGCAGAAUAAUAUAGAGGAAAAAUAUACUAAAUGAAUGAAGUCUGCUCUCAUUUCUUAUGAAAAUAAUCACCUUAUUGGGAAAAUAGACUGUCUGUGAUAAUGAUGAUGAUGAAGCUAAAGACUUUUGUGCACAUUUUUACUUGCAUGCUGCACUGAAAAUCAUCCAGCGAUGAGACGACGUGCACACACAGCUCGUUCUGCUGCUGUGUGCUUACAAACUGUGUGUGGAGUGAAACACUGAAUUCUUCCAGGUUAUGGGAGACGCGCAUAUAUAUAUAUAUACAUAUAUGUAUGUG